AUGAAGAUUGCAACCAUCCUCGGUUUGGCCGGCACUGCCGCAGCGCACGGUUACGUUUCUAGCAUCGUAGCAGACGGCGUCACCACUUCAGGUUGGCUUAUCUCCUACUGGUAUGACUUAGUGAACGGUAUUCCCAUUCCCCAGACCCCAGGAUGGUACGAAGAGGCGUUGGACCUUGGAUUCAGACCCCAACAUCGCCUGCCACAAGAAUGCAGUCAGAACGUCUCGGCGACGGUUGCUGCGGGCGGAUCCGUCAAGUUCCACGGAGACUGCAAAAAUGCGGACAAGACCGCGCUCAAGUUUGUCAAGAUUGAUGAGUCUGGAAUUGACCUCAGGUCUGGGCUGCUGGCCAUUAUGUCUCCCGCCACGAAAUUAUCGCGUGCCACAGUUGCACUUCGCUUAAUGGCGCGCAAAACUAUCCGUUCUGCUUGA